AUGAGGUCACGUGUGAAGCUGGCACACCGCCAGCCAUCAAGGGAGGACGCGGACUCAGAGAAGGGGAGAAGGGAAGAGAAUCGGCAGCCGGAGAGGGAGAGGGGUGGCCUGAGGCAGGGCCCUGUGAAGGCCGGUGGCUCGACGCUGAGGGGGAGCCAGGAGGGGAGGGGCAAGGCCUGGGGGGGGAGGGGGGAGAACGGGGUAACCCCCUCCCCCUGCCGGCCCCUCCCCUCCCCCACCCCCUCACCUCAUGGCCACGGGCUGCAUCUUGGCCCAUUCCUCACCCCCAGCAGCCCCCCUAGGCCGACCCGGCUGAGGGGAGGGGGCCGGGGGCCUGCCCGCCAGCCCCCCCUCUCUCCCUCACCCCUUCCACCUGGCUCCCCACCUCCAGCAGCUGGGGACCAGAAGACUCUCCUCCAUCUCCAUCUCAGCGUCCCUCCCCACCCCCAUCCUUCUUGGCCCCUGAGCCGGCAAGAGAGCCCCAGCCGUCUGGCCCACCAGGAUCCGAUGGAUUUGCCCACUCUCCAAGGUCCCUGGCCAAGUGCCCUCACUGACUCUACAUCCCCCAGGGAGCUUGUCAGUCCCCAGCCCCCUGGGCUUGUGGGAAAGCUGGACGUCAGGGGAGGGGAGGUGGCAGGGAUCUGGGCUGGGAUAUCGUUGCCUGGUGACCACUGCAUCCUCUCUAGCCGCCUCCUGUUGCCUAGUGACAGGCGCCUGCCCGGAGAUAGGGGCGGGUGCUGCUUCCUGGCCCGGAUUCUGAUUCCGGGUCUAGUGUUGCUCUUGGGCUGCGAGCUCUACUGUAACACCUCAUCUGAACCUCCUCAGGGCUCCGUCUUUAGCAGGGCCCCAGGGGCCACAAGCUUCCCCUUUCAGCAGGGCCCCAGAACCUGGGAGCUCUGCUUACCUUCCCAGCAGUCCUUUCCGGUUCCCAAAGCCAAGGCCUUUCCCCUAGAAGCGUCGGGCUGUGAGUAUCCCUCUGCAGUGCCCUGGGCCGUCACCUGGGCUCAGUAG